UUUUUUUAAAACAGCUAGGCACUGUGACAUUUACUGAGCAACAACAACCUGCUAUUAGCUGAUCGAGGCACGCUCAAGGCUGUUUGUCUCUCUGUGUGUCUGGGGCUGUUGGUUUGUUUGCUUAUUUGUUUUCUCCAACGGUCGGGCAGCUGUGACAUGAUAGGAGAGAUAUGACGAGCAACAUCUGGAGACACGUUCAGGGUUCAGCGAUGCUACUGUAGAGCCACGUCAGCCAAGAAGAACAGCAAUCCAACAGAGAGUGAAGUUGGUUUCAUAUCGGCAUCAGCCAGCAGGUUCACACUGAGGACAGUUUACUGUGGAGACUGCUGUAGGCUACUGGAUGUAAAGGGGGACUGGAGAACGAAAUAGUCUGCAAUGGCUGAAUUGAGUUUUAAGAAAAAUUAUUUGCCAUGGCAUCUUCACUGAAGUGUCUGGUUAAUGAUGAUAGCAGGUACCAGAAAUCCUUCCAGCUUUUUCUGGAGCGCUCCUCUGAGCAUCAGUGUAUGCAGGACUUCAUCCACAACAUGCUGCCAGAUAUACUGGCCAGCAUUGGAGAUGGAAAGUCCCAUCUGAAUGUCAUUGGAGUUGGAAGUGGAGCGGGUGAGAUUGACCUCGAGAUGUUCUCUGAGCUCCGUCUGAAGCACCCAGGGGUGACAGUGGAUAACGAGGUGGUGGAGCCUAGCAGCACUCAGCUUCAGAACUACAAAGAUUUGGUGUCACAGAAACCAGGUUUAGAUUAUAUCAAAUUCACCUGGAACAAGAUGACUGCCACCGAGUUUGAGGAGCACUGGAAAGUGAAACAGAUGACUAAGAAGGCUGACUUCAUUCACAUGAUACAGAUGCUGUACUAUGUGAAGGAUCCCGGAGCUACCGUGAGCUUCUUCCAGAGUCUCCUCGGCAAGAACGGGAAGCUUCUUAUCAUUCUAGUGUCUGGUGAGAGUGGUUGGGGAAAGCUGUGGCGAACCUACAGUAACCAGCUCUGUAACACAGAACUGAGUCAGUGUGUGACCAGUGCAGACAUCAAAAGCUUCCUGGACUCCAAGGGGGUGAGCUACCAGAGCUACGAACUGCCAUCACAAAUGGAUAUCACCGAGUGUUUCACUGACGGGGAUGAGAAGGGAGAGCUGCUGCUUGAUUUUCUCACUGAGGUACUGAACUUCAGUAAAACAGCCUCACCUGAGCUGAAAGCUGGCGUCUUGGAGUUACUUCGACACCCGGACUGUAGCGCGGAGUCCAACGGCAAAGUUAUCUUUAACAACAACCUUGGAGUGAUAGUCGUAGAUCAGCUCACUUAAAAACAAGCGCUUCGUAUAGUGAAUGUGAAAUUUGCAGUAGAACAAUAACAUACUAGUUGAUUUAGUUUUAAACUGAGUGAUUGUUUCAAAUUGUACAGUAUUACUGUAUGUAAUUAACAAGUUUUAACCACCUCGUUUUCUAUGAUCAGUUCGGUUUUCUAAGAACAAUUUUUUGUAUUGAUUCCAGUAUUAUUUCUUAAUUGUAGUUCUAUGCUUGUGCAAAAUGAAAAUGGCUUGAUAGUGUUUUUUUUUAAACACAUUUUGUUUGAUUGUCAUGAGCCACCCAAAUUCUCCCACAAAAUGGGAAGAUCAGAGUUUUAAUCAGCUUCAGACAUCAGCCUCAGAUUCCAUCAUUAUAGCAUUUUUAAUGGGCUACAGAUGGCAGGCCGUGCUACCAGGCCUAUUACACGAUUGCUCCCGUUGGAUCAUAUUACUUUGGAAGUAUAAAAAUAAAUGGAAAGUUGAACGUUUAAUUUUCCAUGGAGAUUGAGCUGUUAAGUUUGAUAGGAUGGACACUCCUGUGGGAGUGACUGGAUUUUUUUGUCUGCUUUUUGAAUGUCUUAUAUUGAAAUGGUUGCAGAUUAUAUGUACAUCAUUGAGAGAACAUAACUAUACAAAUUAAAAACCAGGACCUGUUUAUACUCACC